AUGUCCCCGACCACCACGCUCCAAAAGGAAGUGGAUUCCUACGCCGUUUCCCAUCUGGUCCCAACUGACCAAGCCCUAACCGACACUAUCUCCAACUGCGCCAAAAAUGGAAUACCACCAAUUGCCGUCUCCCCAGCCCAGGGCAAAUUCCUUUCCCUGCUGACCAAGAUGUCAGGCGCCCACAACGUACUGGAAAUCGGCACCUUGGGUGGAUACUCCAGCAUCUGGUUCGCCCGGGCCCUCAAUGCCAAUGGCAAUAAGGGGAAGGUGACUAGCAUCGAAAUUCUUGAAGACAGACGAGAGCUUGCUAUCCAGAAUCUGCGCAACGCUGGGGUGAAAGUUCCGGACGAGGCUGAGGUGUUGCUCGGGCCUGGUCUGGAGGUGUUGCCCCGGUUAGAGGAGGAAAUUCAGCAAGGGAAGCGAUCGAAGUUCGAUUUUGUGUUUAUCGAUGCGGACUGGGAUAAUCAGUGGCAUUAUUUCGACUAUGGUGUUAAACUAGCCAAGGGCCCCGGGGCUGUCAUAUUGGUCGACAAUGCGGUUCAGAGUAUGCUGGAAGACGGAAUCGUGGGCCCGGAGAAACGUAAAGAAGGGGCGAUAUCCCUGGUGGAAAAGGUUGGGCAGGAUACGCGAGUAGAAGCAGUGCUUGUACAGACUCUGGGUGCAAAGAACCAUGAUGGCUUCUUGAUGGCUUUGGUGGUGUGA